AUGGAGCGUCGCGAGUCUCUCUCUGAGAUUCGGGCGGCCAAUCCGGACCUCUCGCUCAGCGGCAACAUCAUCUCGGCGACCUUCAGCGCCCCUCAUUCGUUCACGUACCGCACAGGAGGCCAAUGGGACCUCAAAUCCCGCCGCGGCCAAUCGGCUCUCAUCGACUCGUUCGCCUACCUGUCUUCCGACGCUACACCAUGGAACCACACCGUCGUGGCGUGGACAGGAGAAGUCGACCAUCCCUCAGAUGCUCCAUUGUCACCUCCCGAGACGCCUCCAACCACGACCGUUGGUGCAUCCUCGCUGAACCCGCUCUCUGCACCCGUGCCCGUAGAUGCCACAAGCAAGCCUGCGCCCGUACAGUCGGAGGGACUCUGGGUACCGAAAAAGGAUCAAGAAAGGUUAGAAUACGAGCUCCGCCAUGACAAGAGCAUGCCUACCAUUCCCGUCUGGCUGUCUGACGAGGCCGAGUCCACACCCGAGGGCAUCACACUCACCGACCAGACAAGAUGGAGGAGAUACGCCGAGCACGACCUGUACACACUGUUCCACUACAAGCAGCAUGAGCCCUCCGAUGGGCGCAAAGAGCGCGUUCAGUGGGCCGACUACUACCGCAUGAACCAGAUGUUUGCGAACAAAAUCAUCGAAUUUUACAAACCUGGCGACAUUGUGGUGGUACACGACUACUACCUGAUGCUGCUGCCCAGCAUGCUGCGCCAGCGAGCACCCGGCAUGUACAUCUCGUUCUUCCUGCACUCGCCAUUCCCCAGUAGCGAGUUCCUGAGAUGUCUCCCUCGCCGCAAGGAGGUGCUCCAGGGCGUCCUUGGCUCGAAUCUCAUCGGUUUCCAGUCGUACAGCUACUCGCGUCACUUCCUCAGCUGCUGUACGCGUAUUCUGGGCUUCCCAUCAGACACUCUUGGCAUCGAUGCCUACGGAGCUCGGGUCCAGGUCGGUGUCUUCCCCAUCGGCAUCGAUGCAGCCAAAGUGGAGUCCUUUGCCUGGAAUGACACUGUCACCGAGAAGUACAAUACACUCAAAACCAUGUAUGAGGGCAAGAAGAUCAUUGUGGGGCGAGACCGCCUGGACAGUGUGCGUGGUGUGGCCCAGAAGUUGCAGGCGUUCGAGCGCUUCCUCGAGCUGUACCCAGAGUGGAGGGAGAAGGUUGUUCUGAUCCAAGUUACGACACCUACGCUGGUGGAAGCCGAAAAGGGCGACCCCCAAAAGAAAGUCAGCAGUCGGGUGAACGAGUUGGUGAUGAAGAUCAAUGGGCAGUACGGAAGUCUCGGGUUCUCCCCGGUGCAGCAUUACCCGCAGUACCUCAGCCAAGACGAGUACUUUGCACUGCUGCGUGCCGGCGACAUUGGUCUCAUCACAUCGGUCCGCGAUGGUAUGAACACUACCAGUCUCGAGUACAUCGUGUGCCAGAAGGACGGCCAUGGGCCCCUCAUCCUGUCCGAGUUCAGCGGCACGGCUGGCAGCCUGGGCGAUGCUCUGCACAUCAACCCAUGGGAUGUCAGCGGCGUGGCGGAGAAGAUCAACCUGGCCCUGACCAUGUCCGAAGACAAGCGCAUGGCCAUGCAGGGCAGCCUCUACAGCCAUGUCACGAGCCACAACAUGCAGUCGUGGAUCUCCAAGUUCAUCCGCAAGGUGUAUACUGUUCUCGGCGACUCGAACAAUGCCAUUGCCACACCUCUAUGCGACCGGGCACUGAUGCUGUCGCGCUACCGCGACGCCAAGAAGCGCCUGUUCAUGUUCGACUACGACGGCACGUUGACACCCAUUGUCCAGGAGCCGAGCGCCGCGAUCCCGUCCGAACGCAUCAUCAAAUCGCUCCGGCUGCUCGCAGACGAUCCUCGGAAUCUGGUUUGGAUAAUAUCCGGGCGAGACCAGGAGUUUCUUAAGCAGCAUCUCGGUCACAUCUCCGCCAUGGGCUUCUCGGCCGAGCACGGUAGCUUUAUGAAGAACCCAUACUCGGACGAAUGGGAGAACCUGGCGGAGAAGCUCGACAUGGGCUGGCAGCAGGAGGUCGUUGACGUCUUCCAGAAAUAUACGGACAGGGUUCAAGGGUCAUUCAUCGAACGUAAGCGGUGCGCCCUGACUUGGCAUUAUCGCCGUGCCGACCCUGAGCUUGGAGAGGCCAUGUCGAGGGAAUGCCACAAGGAGCUCGUGGAAGGCGUGGGUACCCGGUGGGAAGUUGAGGUUAUGGUGGGCAAGGCCAAUCUCGAGGUUCGACCGACGUUUAUCAAUAAGGGUGAAAUCGCGAAGCGCCUGGUCAAGACGUACCACAACCCCGACGCGCCUGCUGACAGCCCCGACGCGGGGCCUGUCGAGUUUGCGCUGUGCAUGGGCGACGACUUUACGGACGAAGACAUGUUCCGGAGUCUGAAUGCGCUCUCGGGUCCUGUCCUCAAUGCCGACCACGUCUUCACAGUGACGGUCGGUGCCAGCACCAAGGUGACCCUGGCCAGGUGGCAUUUGCUCGAGCCCGAGGACGUGAUCGAGAGCGUUGCGCUCCUGGCGGGGACGGAUGACAUCCAGCAAGUCAGCGAAGUGAACCUGGCCGCCUUGAGCUCGGUCGAGGGCCGCGUACCUGGCGCACUCCCCUGA